GGAGCCGCACCGUACACGCCGACACCUAUUCCAAAACCAUCAGACACCACCGACGAACAGCAAAUCACAUCUCUGGUCGCUGAGCUUUCCAAGCAGACGGAAGAGAAUUCGGAGUUGACGAAAUCGCAUGAGACGAAGCUAGAGUCUCUUCGGGAAGUCGAAAAAAAUUAAUAUACUCCGACAUUACGGCAAACCGUGUUCCAGACAAGACUACAUCGACAGCUCCAUCAAAGAUUCUGAAGGCUGCUCACACUCAAAAUCCUGACGGUUCACCGAAGCCUCCAGUUGUCAAGCCGCCAGCGGUGAAGACGCCCGGUUUCAGAAUCGCGAAGGAGAACACGGUGACUCUUUCUCAGAUGCAAACUGCAGAUGAAGCUCGUCCGGUCUUCAUGAACUGCCCUCUUUGCUCGGACUCAAGAACGCACUCCCUCGACGCGUGCCCGAACUUUCGUUCAGUGGCAGCCAAGCAGACGAGAUUCCGCGAAAUCGGCUUAUGCAUUUCGUGUGCGACAAAGAUAGACGACAAUCAUUCGGGAAGGUGUGGCCCAGAGUGUCCGUACCUUCUCAGACCAUGCACCAGAUGCUCGGAUCUCCGUUCAUCAAUCCGUGCCUCUUACCAUCUGGAAUGCCUCUGCGAUUGGAAUAGGAAAGGAAAACCAUGGAAUGGAGGACCAACGGUGUUGAUCCGCCUUCCUGAAUCUCCACCCAGAGACCAAAAAAGAAGAAGAAGAGGGGACAGAGGCAGAUCACCAUCAGACGAAUACGGCAACGUCAUCCACUACAACGACGACUACAACAACAACGACCGCUACAGUCAAGGUCCGUCCGACAACUAUCGCCUAUUAAAUUGUUCACACCACCACCCCAUUGUUCACUUGUUACUGUUGUUGUUAACCAUCUUGUUAUAUGGGUGAAAAUCCCUAAUAAUAAACAGAUGUGUAAAAUUACAAGACUAUAAGUAUAAGUUCUCACAAAGACAAAGACAAUAUGACCUUUACAUUGGCUCUUGGAAAGUACGAUUCUAUGUAUAAGCGAUUUAUAAACAAUAUACUCGACUAACAGUUUGUCAAAAAAUGUUUUUUAUUUUAUGACUUGGCAUAUAAAGACUGGCUGGCGCGGAUACGUAACGACUAAUUAUUUAUUUAUUUUUUUUCCUUUUUUAUACUUCGCAGGGUACACUGUACGUGCCUCUGUACCCUGUUUAGCAAAAAGACUACGAGUUUUUGCGCCUGACUGUUUAGUAUCACAAGUUCGCGAGCUUGUGAUGCGACGCCGGGUUCUUCGACGACACCUUCAAAGAGACAAGACUAUCCAGAGAUUUAGCAAUAGACACCGAAAGGGUCGAUACAUACUAAAAACCCUUAGACGGAGGACUAGCUACCCUCCAAUCAUCGGCGAAGAAGAAAGAAGAUUUAAAUUGAGUGGCAACUUUCGGUGAUUUCCUCAGGCCAGAGGAGACUUUGGCGGCUCUCUGCAAGAUCAGGCAUGACUAUACGGUGUCAAACAAGAACUUGGGCGGACAAUUCGAGUGGAGUUUGGACUACUUGUUUUGGUUUCCCUUCUUUUUUUUCCUUUUCCUUUUUACCAGACGCAAAGACUAAUUUUUAGACGUUUUUUUUAUAUAUAUUUCCUUAAAAUUGCCCCCCCCCCCCUCCUCACCCUACUCUUUGGUCGAUCUGCCUCACAACCAUAUCCACCUUGGAGUCCUCCACUAAACCUACUCUACAUUGUUGGGAACUCUUUCCCUUUCUACACCGGGGACUCUUGACCCGAAGGGGGACUCUUUACCCUGGGAACUCUUGGCCCAAAAACCUACAAUACAGGGAACUCUUAGCCCUCACCGACAUUCCUCUGCCAAAGGAAUAA